AUGGUCGACAAAGGCAUGGCUCUGAACAGCCGCUUCCGCGCGAUACCCCUCCUCUCGGCCCUUGUAGCGCUGCUCAGCGCGAGCCCUCUAUCAGUCAACGCCACGCCUCGGCCCGACACCGCGCUCAGUGAUAGCGCACCCAAGGGCUUCCAAGGAUUGGGAUUCUUCAAUCCUACCGAUGGUGGGGGCAGCUGGUUGACCGUGAGUGCAGUUGCUAAAGUUGUGCCCAUGAAACCCAACUCCUGGGAGCCUAUCAGUGCCGGACGCACUUUACGAACGCCGAACGCGGCGCACAAGCUGUUCCCGUGAGGAGACACUGUCGGCGAGGGUCCGAACUCGGGCCGAGCUUCGCAUUUCCCCCCCGCAGGACUUGGGAGCGCUUUGCUUGAUCAGCAUUCGGCAUUCAUUCACUCUGUGAGCAAGAACGCUAAUUUAGUCCUUAUACUCAAUCGAUCCGCAUAUAGAACGCGACCGUCAUCGGCAAUCACACUUACGGCGAACCCCUCAACAUCGUCGUCUCCGCCAAUUCGGACCCUUACAUCAUGACCGAAAGCGGCUUUGAAGAUUGGUGCUUGUCGAUUCAAUACUCGAAGCAACCCGGAGAUAUUACACUCGGUGGGAAGCAAAGCGCCAACCUCGGCGAUGGAAACGGUCAAAGUGCGUGCGAUCGUUGGGACGUCGUGCAUGUUGAUGUCAACCAGGGGCUCCCGAAACCGGGACCUCUUUCCUUCCCCGCCUGUGCUAAUACACUCAUAUUCUGGGUACGAAUAGGGGAACAGAUUGAUCUGCUUCGAUUCGAUUACUCUGUCCCCGUUUUUGGCACCCUGAACGAGACCCUCUUCGGUGGCUCGCAUUUUCGCUACUGGCUACAGAACGGGCCCAAUGCAAACUCCAGUGCUUGGUUCCUCGCCGCCUCGGUCGAAAUGUCGCUUGCAGAGCACCACAUGAUCGUCCCCAACGGAUACGAUCGUGGUCGGGACGAAUUCGUAGGCAACGCAACGGCGAGCAACGGAACGCUUUCGCCCGCGACAAAAUUUACCUUUUCGGCAACGAGUCAACUGCUACCUUUCCUUCCCGCGAACUCGAGUGCGGGUAUCAACCACGAUAUCAAGACCGACGGUAAUGUGGCCAUCGUAACCGUCAAGGUCACAAACAACAACCCUCCACCAACGAGUGGCUCGUGAGUACUACACUACCUUCGGGCUUGCGCUACAUCUUGGCAGAAAGACUUGAGCCAAUUUUCGACUUCUUGUUAAUCUUAGUACGGCUGUAAUGCCGACCGUCAUGCCCGCUCAAAUUUAUGCUAUCGGCGUCGCUUCCACCGUUCUUUCCCUCGCCAUCGCGUCAUUCUUGUGA